CUCACUAUUUCAGCGCCAUUAGAAUAGCAGAAGAGUAAAGAAAUCGAACAGACUCAGAUAAACAUGGAGAAAGAAAGAAAACGUGAUAAGGAAAAGGACGAAAGAGAUAAAAGAGAGAAAGAAGAGCAGCAACAGAAGGAAGAGCGGAAUCCUUAUACACAUGAGAAACAUCAAGCUCCUAAUAUUUCAGAAAUGAAGCCGGCGACGGAGAAUGCGUAUGGAGGUGGUAUGUACGCUCAGGAUGAGGAGGUUGAUGCUAGACCAUCUCAUCCGCCGGCGAGCCUAACUCAGAGUGCUGAUGGGCCCCCUGAGGCCCACUUACGGCCCAAGCGUCAGCCUCCUUCCAGUGGCGACCGUGACAUUGAUAUAACUGGCCAAUCUUAUAUACAGUGAAUUUUCUAGGUCAUGAUUAUAUAUCUAUAUAUAUCUCUUGUAAAUUCAUUGUAAUUUUGUGUAUAUUUUUUAAACAUUACUUCUACUUAUGUCGUGUAUAGUACUCUUUUU